AGACAGCAGAGGUUGUGUAUUGCUGCUGAUGAGAGAGAGAGAGACAGAUAUAACUAAAACAUAAUCCGUCGACUAAAAAACAGUACCUCUCAUUUUAAAUUUUGGAUUUCAGGUUAAAGGAUAAAUCGCCGCCGAAGGAUUCAAAUAAAAGGGAUUCGCGCUUUAUUGUGCGAUCAUCGGUGGUCUCGAGCUGAUUUGAUCCCGCUAACAGGCUAAUAACAAGCGCAGGUGGAUGACUCGCGAGGCUCGACCUGGACGUUGGCCUGUUUUUAAGAGGAUUAAAACGCCUAGCAUCAAACCAAAUUAAGGAUUUAAAUCAACUCUGACGGGAACCAGAAACAUAGCACGGGUCUUCUUUAUUUAGAACUGGAAAAUCAAAUGAGCGGGGGUCGUGUGGGCCAGCUAACGUUAGUCGGCUAUUUGGUUUACCUCAGAUGUGGAGGAUGCUGAUGCUAACCGCGCUAGAACAAUCUAUCAUUUAAAGGGUUUCGUUUUUGUUUUUAGUCUUAUGACAGCUGUUUAGAACAUAGUCUAUUGUGCUUAACAUGUAAAAUAUGUAAAGCUUUAUUCUCUCAGACAGCGAGACAAUCAGGGUGUAAUGAUUGAAUACACUGCCUCGUGUUUAUAUGUCAUAACCAGACUUUAAUAAUUACUAGUUAAACCAGGGAAGUGUCUUGCCUGUUAUAAGUGUACCAUUAAUGUGAACUUAUAAUGAUUUGCUAAUGAGGCAGGCACAGUUUUUUAAUACUAGGAAGUUAGGGGUUAUGAAUUAACUCAAAUGGACUUUGGAUAUACAGUGCAAUGAUAUAGCUUUCUAUUUUAUGUAAUUUCAUGUAUUCUCUUAUACAUGUAUAGAUUCUAAAAUUGUAUUUUUCAUAAAGUUUUUUUUUUAUGAGUAGCAAUCUUAAGCAGUGAAGUAAUCCUGUUAUUAUUUGUGAUUAGGAUGUGGAUCAGCAUGUUUUGAGAAGUCUUAUGUUAAAUGGAUUAGACGUGACUUUGAAUGCGAAACAGGGCCAACUUUUUUUAUUUAAUUUUUUUUGUGGUGAGAUUUGCAUAUCGGAAAAAAAUAUGAGCUGUAUUACAGCAGUGAAACAUUAUCCCUGUGUCUGCAAAAGUAAACAGUAGUUGAUCAUUUACAGGGAGGUGGACGCUUACGCAUGGGUCUCGACAAGGAUAUUUAUUUUGGUGCGUAUGCUGGAAGAGGCCACCAACUGCUUUUGAAUUCCGAACAUAAUUACCUUGUGGGAUCAUAACAAAGGAUUCGAAUUUCCGGAAUAUUUCCAUUUGUCAGAGGAGAGAACUCUUCUUUUCAAUGGAGCAAGUUCUCUCCAGCCCUCAGGGGUGUUCUGAGUGGGAGGUGAGCGGGAAAGCUGAGUGGGAAUCCGAGCAGAAUCCCCUCGGAUUUCUCCUUAUGGAUAAAGAAAACAGUUCUGUUGGUGAUUCUACUAAUGACAUUUUUCAGGAAAAUGCCAUAAACCUAGAUGACCUGUUUUGGUCCUCUCAGUAUUCCGGGCAGACGUAUUCCUGGGAAAAUGGUUUGGAAUGUGUCUAUCCCGAAUGGACGACUCAGCCUCAUCCUUCCCAAGAUCUCAAAGUAGAGGGUUCUCCUGGAGGUUCUGAAAUUGUUGAAGGAGAUCUCAUCUGUUUCAAUUCUAGAUCUACUAGUCCAACGCUCUCUAACAUACCUGUGCAGAACCAAAACAACUUUUAUGACCUUCCUGAACAGGUGCCUGAUUUCCUGCAACCUGUGGAGGUUACUGCCACUUCAAACUCUCUGGAUGUGUACACAGGUGAGAUGGGUAUUACUGACCCCACAAUUCAGUCUGACAAAGCAAUACUACAAGAAACUCGCCUCCUUGAGGACACACUUUUAACAAACUGUGAAUUCAGCCACGAUUCCUUAGAGGAAAGAACAUUUGUGAAGAACGACAGUCAGUGCUUGCUUCAUCUCACUCUGGAAUCUGAAGGUUUGUUGCCCAUUUCUCCUGUGGCGUUGUCAUGUACAGAUACGAACUCAAAUCCCAAGCCUUCAGUUAUUUGUCAGACACCUUUAUCUACACCAGAACACAUCUACCUCCCAUCCUCAACCCUUUCCUGUGAGGCCAUCCCUCUGACGACCUGUACAGAAUCAACCGUCCUGUCAUUUCACAAGGAUAGUGCUCCCCUUCCAAUGAAUGAGAUAGAGAUGUUGUUACCUGGUCUGCUGGUUGGAGGUCUAUACGAUGAACAGGAGAGUAGUAAGCCCUCAGCUAGUAACGAGACCCAUGACGAUGAUCUUCAGAACCAAGACACGACAGACGUUAACAUAGAAACAACACAACUAUCUUCUGAAGCAGAAACUGUCUGUAUGACUCCAUUAGGUGAGUCUUGCAUAUCACCUGAACUUUGUGAAGAAAUGUUGUGUGAUUUAUCCACAGAAUGCACAUUUGAUGUAUUAUUGGAAACGGUUGGAGAAAAGAUAGAGGAGGUGGUUGUGUCCAAUGUUACAACUGAUAACGUUUUUUCUGAAGCGAAAACAGAACUCACACCAACUGCUUUUGUUGAUAUACAAGCAGAAGAUCCUUCAACUGAAAGCCUACUUGACAAAGAUGAACAGAAAGAGUCUACAACAGCCUUGCCAGUCAACACAUCUGAGCAUAAUGCCUUAAUUGACCUCUCGCUUGAAGAUGACAUGUUAUCUGAGGACCACAGCCAGCCAACACAUUCAGCUGAGGCUGAAGCCUUAUCUGAGGUGCCCUAUGAUGGAGAUAUUCCUGAUUCCAUGUUUGAGAUCUUAACAGACAGCAUCUCUUCUAUGCCAUCUUUAUAUUCUGUAAUUCCACCUGUGACAGAUGCUAUUGAGCUAACAGAACUGGACAAAUGUGAUCCAGACUCACCCGAUCUUGAAUCUAAUGCACUCAGCCUUGAAUUUCUGGAUAAUGUAACAAAUGUAGAAACAGACAACGUAGACGGUGACCCUGAGGCUAUGGAGACACAGCGAGCCGAUGUUACACCCACAACAGGUAACACAGAAGACUCAGACACACUCAGAGUUUUAGAGAGCUUAGAUUUGCAUCAAAAUCAGGAGGUAACCAAUUCACAAAGUAAGUCGGACAGUUUGCAAAUGGUUAAUUUAAGCCUAAAUAACAGUAAAGCUGACAACAAUCAAGAACUGAAUGCAAUGAGAGAAACCUGUCAGGAACAAGUCAGUGCUCAGCAAAAAGAGAGCAUGCUUGUGGAAAAUCUCACACCUUUGGACCAACUGAAUGACUCUUUGACUGCAAACUCAAGUGCAAUUGUAAUGGAUACACCUGAAGAAAAUGUAACAGCUCACGAUGACGGUCACAAUACACUGCCGAAUGUGGAAGAGAAACUUCACAGUUUGUCUUUGAAGGGAGGGGAGAGAUCGGAUUGCAGUUUGUCUACUCAGAAUCAAGUCAUACCUCAUUGUGCAAGUAAUCCUGAUUCUUUAGAGUCCACUCCCUUCACCUGUGCAGGUGAUCAGCUGACCGUGACGGGUGGACUUGUGGGGCCGGAUCUUACAGAGACCACAGAGACUCCCAGCCAAUUGCAUGAAGCUGCUGGAGAGGGAGAGGCGGAGUUUCCUGCUCCGCUUACACAUCAGGAGGAUUUCCAUCAGCUGACACCAUCACAGAUAGACCUGGCUCAAGAGCAACAAGUGAGCUCAGUCGCCCCCAGCUCUCUUCCCUCACACAGAAAUGUGUUUCCCUGUGGAGCCAGCCUGGAUGGGGAGGCCUACCUGACCUUGAUGGAGAAUAAUCCUGAUGCACCCAACAUUCCCAAACAUGCAGAAAUGACUCUGGAUCUGUGCAAGGCCUCAGAUGCUCUGCCGACCAAAUCGCUCCAUGACCAGAGGGUCCCAGUGGAUUUGAUAAACGUGCCUAUAGUUUCCACGACAGCCCAUAAAAGCGAGGAGCAGUCAGCUCUCCGAGCGGUUUUCCAGGCUUUGGAUCAGGACGGGGAUGGAUUUGUCCAUAUUGAGGAGUUCAUCGAGUUUGCAAAAGCAUAUGGAGCCGAACAGGUGAAGGAUCUGACACGGUUCUUGGAUCCCAGCGGUCUGGGUGUGAUCAGUUUUGAGGAUUUCCACAGAGGCAUCAGCGCAAUCAGCAAUGAAGGAUCUGAUCCAGACCUCUACAAGACUCAUCUCAGUGCAGUGGAAGUCAAUGGACCUCCAGAGGAGUACGACGAGCAGGCGGAGGUCUCAGACAGCGCCUAUCUCGGGUCGGAGAGCGCAUACAGUGAGUGUGAAACCUUCACAGAUGAGGACACGACGGCUCUGGUCCAUCCAGAACUCCAUGAGGAUGUGGAGACCGACAGCGGCAUUGAAAACACACUCACGGAUGGAGACGAUCGCAACAGGUUUACAUUGGGCUCUGAUUUGAAUGGCCACACCCUCGUGGCCGUGAUUGGAGGAGAGGAGGAGCACUUUGAGGAUUUCGGUGAGAGUAACAACAGUUCAGAUCUGCUGCCGGCCAAUCAGGAGGAUAGAGGGGCGGGGCCAGAGGGGGAGGGAAAUACAGAGCCACUCCCACAUCCAGACAGCCCACUGCCCCGCCCACUGAUGCUGCUGUCACCUAGCCCCAGCUCUUUUCCUGCUAGUUUCCAGAGUUUCCUUCAGUCGGAGGCGCUGGAGUUUUUCUGCACUCACUGUCAUAAGCAGAUCAGUCGUCUGGAGGAUCUGUCCACGCGACUGCAGUUGCUAGAGAUGAAUAGUUCCAGCAAGAGGCUGUCCAGUAAGAAAGCAGCAAGGCACUUGCAGCAGUCUUGCACUCUGGAUGUCAUGGGAGAUCUGACUCAAGACAUUUUGGACCUUGCAGAUCGUGAUAUCACAGACAAGGUGUUGCUGUUGGAGAAGCGCGUGUGUGAGCUGGAGAAGGACUCGUCGGAGAGCGAAGAGCAGCAUGUGCGCCUGCGGCAGGAGAACCUCACUCUCGUCCACCGCGCAAACGCUCUGGAGGAACAGCUGAAGGAGCAGGAGCUGCGCGCGGAGGACAACUUACUCGCACACACACGUAAACACAGAGAUGCUCUGAACAAACUCCAGCGAGAGAGAGACCUGGAGAUCGAGAACCUCCAGGCCAGGUUGCAUCAGUUGGAUGAGGAGAACAGUGAGCUGAGGUCAUGUGUUCCCUGUCUGAGAGCCAACAUCGAGAGACUGGAGGAGGAAAAGAGGAAACUUCAGGAUGAGGUAGACGACGUCACAGAUCGACUGAACGAAGAAAUCGAAUCUCGCAGGAAAAUGGCCGACAAACUGAGCCAUGAACGUCACACAAACCAGAAAGAGAAGGAGUGCACUCAGGGGUUGAUAGAGGACUUAAGAAAGCAGCUGGAGCACCUGCAGCUGUUUAAGUUGGAGACUGAAGCGAGAAGAGGCCGAUCGGCCAGCACCGGCCUGCAGGAAUACAACACUCACAUGAAAGAGAACGAACUGGAGCAGGAGAUUCGCAGACUCAAACAGGAUAACCGCAGUCUGAAGGAGCAGAACGACGAGCUGAACGGUCAGAUCAUUAAUCUGAGCAUCCAGGGAGCAAAGAGUCUUUUCACAGAGUCACUCUCAGAGUCACUCGCUGCCGAGAUCAACAACGUCUCCCGCGCUGAGCUGAUGGAGGCCAUCCACAAACAGGAGGAGAUCAACUUCCGCCUGCAGGACUACAUCGACCGCAUCAUCGUCGCCAUCAUGGAGUGCAACCCCUCCAUCCUGGAGGUCAAAUAAUCACCAUCAACUGAAACGGGAGGCGAGAGGCAUAAAGAACAGACUUGCAGAUGAUUUGAAGAAUCCAAUCAUUAUUUUGAUCAAAUAAUUUAAUAAUUCAGAGCACUGUUAGUUGAAUGAGUGUGUGUGUGUGUGUGUGUGUGUGUGUGUGUGUGUGUGUGUGUG